UAUAACCUCUGACCAGACUCAUCAGCUGCCCAGGUGACUGCAAGGAUGUCAGAACUGGAGACUGCAAUGGUUCUGAUCAUGGAUGUCUUUGACAAAUAUGCCGGUGCAGAAGGCAAAAAAGGCACUUUAACCAAAACGGAGAUGAAGAAGCUGUUGGAGAAUGAGUUUCCUAUGUUACUUCAGGGUGGGAAAGGAAAGGACAAUUGUGACAAGCUAAUAAAUGAUCUGGAUGAAAAUGGAGACUCAGAAGUUGAUUUUCAAGAGUUUGUAAUCCUUGUUACUACCUUAACCUGCUUGGUACACGAAAAAUGUCAGAAAUGA